UUGCUAAAGGGCACCUGCCUGUUCUGUUCUGUCUGUGUUUUAUAUCAUUGUAUAUGUAAUUAUCUGCUCUUUAUAACAUCUGCGUACACACAGAAAUUGUAUUUGUCAAAUGCUCCUAAUAUUGAACUCUUUAUGACAACUCUGCAAAAUAUAUCAGUCAUUUCUUAAAACUCUUUUCAUUUUUCAAUCAUGUAAUCAUAAACAUGUCAGUGAAAAAUAGCGUGAUAUUACAGUCCUUAGUGUCCAGCGCUAAAACAAUGCACGCUUCUACUAGCACCACAAUAGCUUCUCCCCUGUUACAUUAGCAUAACAGUUUAUGCUACACAGUUCCAACGUACGCAAGGAAACGGGAAACUUGUAAUAUAGCUAAUUUUCAGGUAGCACAUUAUUACUUUAUAUUUGUACAGGAAACCUUUAACAGUAAACAAAACUUGAGUGGAAUUGUUCUGCCAUAUUGGCAGGGUUUGUUCUUUACCUUCUUCAAAUAGUCACAUACCCUAUGAGAGCUUGAAGAGAUUGUUGUUUCUAUGGUUUUUCAUGCCUGUCCUGCUAAAAAUGAAUCAGGCGAGAAGAAGAUGUGUGUUAACCAACACAAGAAGGAUGCCAAACAACAAAAUAUGGAUAAAAUUAAUCUUAUUGACUGUGGAAUAUGCUCAGCCACUGGCAUAUUCAUCUGUGUUCUAGAAUAUUUCUCUCAGUUACUGUCAUAUUUUACUUGAUUACUGGCACAUUUCAUACAUUUAUCGUUAUAUAUCACUGGUAUUCAGCGAACACUGCCAGCCUAGUUUACACAGAGAAGGCAGUCUAAAGUCUUUAACAGGAAAUUAGAAUGCUCAUCGUCUUUUACCUCAGCUAAUGUUACUAGCCUGCUCAAUUCAUAUUUUCCUUUCUUUCAUACCUUUUACCUGGCAAACAGGAAUACCCUGUUUACACCUGGUCACUUCAUGUGACUAGUAUCUGGUUUGUGUCCUGAUGAGAUUUUAGCCACAUGUGUUUACACUUGGUGGUCAAAUGUGGCUCCGGCUAUUCAGACUGAAAACCAGUCACUGUAAGGGUGGGAAUAUGCAAAUUUGCUUGUUAUACAGCAACCAAUUACCACGUGUUUAUCCAUUGGACCCCUAUCUGUGCAGUUUAUUUUGCUUCUGUUCAUAUUGCUAUUAUGAAUUUUGUUUCAUCCGUUCCCCAAUCAUAUGUGUCCCCCUUUGAUUAUCUUCCUUACAGACAUGGAUCACAUGCACAGUGACAUACUAUAUGGGGACAUGUUUUGGUUGUACUGGGAGGAGUUUUAGUUGUCAAAUGUCUUUUGGAGAGACAGAUGCCAAAUUAAUUAAUGCUAGUCAGGUUGCUGAUGUAAUUAGUGAGUCGACAGGUUUGGCAAAAUCAAGGAAAGUAAGUAGGACAGAAAGAUUUAGAACUUAAUAGGACAAACUUGACUGAGUGGAGCACAGUUUUCAAGUUGUGUAUGAUGGAACACAUUAAUUCAUUUUUCAUGGAAAUUUGUGACGUGACUGGACACGAGUUGGUGUAGAAUAGUCCAGAUGUUUUCACAGUUCAUGCUACUGUUGCACUUUGUUGUUGAAAUGUACAAUUGUGUAAGAAACUUUCAGUUGCAUUGCACCUGUCAUGACACAUUGCCAUUGUCUGUGAAAUACCAGUCAAACUGGUAGCUGGUUUUAAUACUUGAAGUCACAUGCUUCUCUUAACAUGAGGAGAAACCUGUUGGAAACGUCCUGGGAGUGCAGGUCCAAACUACAAAAACCAUGAACCUUUGCCACAGGAAAAGGAGUGGCUAAUGGUGUAAAAGGUUACAGGCAGCCAUUUUCUGCCCAGCUCCAUGUGGACCGAGGAUUGUUUAGACCGUCGCUUCGAUGUGUAAAUAUGAAAGUUUGUUUCUUUACAAUAACUAACCCUUUCACUGUAAGUAAUUGGUUUCACAUUGCCAGUUUGCCUUUCCUGUUAUUGUGGCUAUAUCGGUGUUAUUGCUGUCUUUAGUUGUGUACUCCAUUUUCUUUCAUUCUGUUUAUUUCCUUGUCGGUGGAUCGUGUUCUCACUUCUUUUUUAUGUAUUGUUUUUGCAGAUAGUAACCUUCCUCAACGUCAUAUAUAGCCCCGUUAGUCUUCGUUGCUCUUUGUUGAAUCUGGUUAUUUAAUGUCAACAAGUUCAAUGGGGUGCAACUAUGUGUAUCUAUCUCCUGUGUUUAAACGGACACACCUUCAUGUUAGCUUGCCUCCAGUUAUAACACCCUGCUGUACCACAACUAUUGCAUAAUGUCCACUGUGGCGUCCAGGUAGGUAGGAAAUACAAAUAGAUGUAGACACCUACACAUUACUUUGUGUAGCAUGUGUGAAUUAGGUAGCCUGCUGACAGAUUUUGCUCCAACCUCUGACAAAGUGACUCCAAUUUGUGCUGCAUCCUUGUUUUAAUAAGCUGCCUUGAAUUAUUCCUUCUAUAAUUGACAUCAUGAUUUCUCCAGUGUUCCUCAGCUGAUGUAAUUUUUACUUUGACUGUUCCUCCUCUAGACUGAGAGCAGUGUGACCCUUUUUUUUGUUAUAAGCCAUAAGAUUAUCUUCUUUCCUCUUAAUACAGAGCAGUGAUGCAGUCUAAACCAGUCCACUGUAACAAAUUCUCUAAAAUAGCUGACCGCAGCACAAGAUUGUUGUUUUUGUUUGUUUGUUUGUUUUUUUGUUUUUGUUUAAUAGUUUGAAAUAAGUCAUACUAUGUCCUAAACAACAAUGAAAACUCUGCUUGACCUUAAUGAAGACGAGGAGCCUCUUCAAGGUCAAAUCUAUGCAUGUUAAUCUUUUAUAAAGAGGUCAUACAUCAUAAAUUCUAUUAAGUAUCUUAGAAACAUUUUUGAUGUGAAAAUGUGUGUAGAUGAACACACAUUCCUGACCUGAAGUUGGAAACUAGGAUAUACCAAUUGUCCUUCUUGAAAAUUGCACUUUGACAAAGCUGUGUUUACAAGUGGGAAAACUGGGGAUUCCACCACACACACACAGCGUAAAACCAAAAGCACGUGAAGCGAAUGAGUGGAAGAGUAUACAAACCAAUGCUACGGGUGGCCCAAAAUAAAUAAAUUGCUAAAUGACAUUCAUGUAGGAUGUUACUGCGUUACUCAUCCAGGUCCAUCAUCAUCUAGCUCAGCUUAGAGCUGGAAGCCUCACCAAUGACAGAGAUGAUAAAAUCCAACAAAUACAGGAUGGAGGGGGAAAAACCACUCAUACAUGUGAACACACAAAAUAGUUCAUUUAUUGAUUUUUACUGUGUAAAACAACAAGCAAACCUACACAUCAUCUGGAUUUUGCUUGUAAUGUUGAAAGUGAUGAAAUCAGAUCGCAUAUUUUCUUUUGGUACUUUUUUUGUUUGUGUACACUUUUUUUUUAACCGGCUUUGUCUCUGAAAUAUGUCAUAUAAAUAAACUUGGGUUGUUGUCUUAUUUUGCCUUACAAAGUCCUGCAGGGUCAAGCAGGCAUUUCAGAGCAAAACCUUAAAACUACGAGUCUUGGGUCUCAUAUUCAAAACCAUUUUAUGUAAUGGCUCUGUUUCAGAGUUAUUAAAGACAUUUUAGAGCUUUAAUUAAUACAUUUAUAGGAGAGCUAUGAAAGGUAUUAAAGACUAAAGAUGUCUGGUUCCUAUCGCCGUCAUUGCUAACGAGCAUGACUAGGUAUGUUUUUCUACAAAGGUGCACUUCCCAUCAAAAUACACCGAAGUGCUUUGUUCACACCUUAACGACAUAAUUAUUCAGAACUUCUGAAACAUCGGUGGACUUCCUCUUUAAGGUGUUGGUACUCCAGUUGGGGAAUUUACUGGAUAAUUUAUACACGGUGGGCCGGUCAGCGUCUUAAUUAGCCUCUGGUAAUCUUCGUCUUCAGCCGCUCUGUUUAUGAGCGCUGGCCAGGCCUUUAUCUCGUGCUAACCAAUCAGAAUGCAGCGUUCUGACGCAGGCUUGGUGUCGAGUCGCUCGGGCUGGUGCAAAACAGGACUACCUGCAGAAAAAAAGCAAGACCCACAAAACUGAGUAUGCAACGACGGGUCAUCGCUUUACUGUCCAGUCUGCUCGGUCUGACUGUAUCGGUACAUGAUGAGCAGCUCUCCAUAAGGAUACCGUGCCAAGCAAAAGUUGAACCCGGUCUGCAGUACCGGAAAAUCAGCUGGUACAAGGUGAAAGAAGAAUCUGAUGGAUUAAUUGGUCUUGUGAUCAAAGACUUGCAUACGCACGAGACAGUUCUCUAUAAAUUUGCUAAUCAGUCCUAUGAAGUAGGAGAUGAUUAUUCUCUGCUGCUCCCAGAGUUCAGUGAGAAGGACUGUGGGCAUUACCGCUGCACUCUGUGGCCUCCACUGGAUCAUUACAUCCAGGAUGGAGACUAUGAGUUCUACCAAUUUGGUUGCUCCAAACCUCCGCUGCAGAGUAAAACAGUCACAGGUGAGAAGACCAGGACAAGUGUGAAUAAUAUUCCUCUGUUCUUAAUAAUCUCUGGUGUCCUUGCCUUUGCUAAUGUAGUGAUUAUUUACCUUAGCUGGAGAAGGAUAACAUGGAACAAAAAGGCAAAGCAAGUGUAUUUUUGUGAGUCAUUGAAAAGAGAUUCAGUCAACUGCAGUGACGAUAUUUCUAAGUCUUGUUCAGUGUAAAGGUGCUGGGCUUUCUGCUUAAGAUUCUGUCUUGAUGAAAGAUCUUUCAUUUCUGUUGUAGCUCUCAAUUUACUACUAAUUAGCAACUUGAUGGAAUGUGUUCUAAUUGAUCUUUCUUAUUAAAAGAAUAUGUUCUGAGGUUUUGCUUAGUGAUUUUUUUCCUUUGUGGAUUCAUUUGGUUUCACAGUGAUUCAGAGGUAACCUUUCAUUUAUUUAAUUUUCUGUCAGAAUGACCAUGACCAUUAAGUAUAAGUUCAUUAUUUUUCAGGAGAUAUUUCUUAAGAGAUUGGAUAAUAACAUAAUCCACUUACAUAAAUUGAAUAAUAAAAAAAGUGGAUGGGAGCAGUUUCCAAAACUGGAAUUCAAAAGAUUAUGAAAAAAUGCACUCUUGCUUCAGAUCUGGGUGAAAAAAAAAACAGGUGUUUCUGUCCAAUCCUAUCCUUCUACUCUGGGAAGACAACGCAACGAGUCUGAAAGGAUGUGUACAGAAGCCGUUACUGAGAAAAGAAACAAGAAAAUUUGCAAGAAUCCUCUGGUGUUCUGAGAACAAUGGACUGACCAGCCCAGAGUCCAGACCUCAACAUUGUUAAAUUUGUUUGGGUUUACUCAGAUUGUGAGAAGCAGACAAUGCAACAGACUUUGGAGGGAUGGAAAAUCUCACUGCAGAUUUCUUUAGAAAACUAAGAAGUCUUCUGAAGUCUUCUGAAAAGAAUGGAUGCUGCAAUCAAGGCAAAUGGUGGACAUACUACUAAAUACUAAAAAUGUUGAUAUUGUAGUUAGAUUAAAUAUGUUUUCUAUUUUUCCUUUUGACCCUUAAGCAAAGGUUCCCUCUAACUUCUACACAGUACUGUAUGAGGAUACAGCCAGGGAAAUUCUGUUUACCUAAAUACUUUCAUACAUUUUUGAUUCCUCACGUUUACAUCACCUUAUAUGCCUCAUCCAAAUAAAAGUAUGCUUCUCCUUCUGAACAUUUACUGCUGAGGCUUUUCCCCCUUAAGUUUCAUGUUGUAGUUUGUUCACUACUAGGAGGAGCUGAUUGCUCUACGUUUUGCUCCUCCCUCAGUGGAGCUUCCACCAAAGUUGCAACAAAUAUGACUGAAGUCAACUGAAGAAGAAUGAACCAUUGAUGAAACAUGAGCAUAACAAUGCACUGGAGAAUACUGAUCUUUUGUAUGGGCAUGUGUACACCUCCAAGUUUCUCCAGAGAAAUCCCAGAUGAAGACACAGUGAUCAGACCAAACUGCAACAGUGAAGCCAUCCUGCCCUGUGCUGCCAAAUCUUAUAGUCAUGCAUACACCUCCGUCAUCUGGUACAAGGUUUACCAAGGCAAAGAGCAGGGCAUCAUCAUGCACAACAAAGGGAAAUCAAGCCCAUAUUUGACAUACAAAGGAAUAGCAUCUCUCACAAAGGACUAUUCUCUCGUCCUGAAGAACGUCACUUUUGCGCAUGCAGGAAAGUACAAGUGCCACAUUACUGCAAAAAUGGGAGGGAAAAAUAAUGAAUCGCACGUCACGCUCAAUACCUCAGAGUGUUUCACUGAGGCAACCCCAACUCCAGUCUUCACUGUUACUGUAUUGGGUCUUACUAAUUCAUCUUCUCAUGCACUGAACUCUUCUGAGAUCAGUGUGAUUCAGCCAUUGGAAGUGACAACCCUGAGGGCCUUUUUGGGUUUCCUAACUGUAGGCCUAACCAAAGUUCUGCUCUGUGCUCUAUGUGUGUGGGCGGUGGUAGCAUUUAAGAAACGCAGAAGAAGGAGCACAUGGGAAUAAGACAAAUAAGAAUGUCCACUAAAGCAAAUGAUGUAAAUUCCUGUCACACUGUAUAAAUUUAACAUUACAAUGUAUAGAUUUAACAUUACAUCACUUUCCAGAGUUGGAAACAUUUCAUGCUACUGUAUACUAACUUCAGGAUGCUCUGUUAAAACAUCAUUAUUCUUUUUGA